AUGACUCCAUCUCGUUCCCAUUCCCGUGCCCAUUUCCACGCCCACGCCCACGCCCGUUCGCCCUUUCAUCGAUUUCAACACAGACCGCUCCAUGCGCGUGACCCCGAGCAACAAUCCUCCGCCGACGACGCAGCCAAUGACGACUCUAAGAAUCCCCUCGAGAUCACAGAACGCGCUCUCGCUGAGCACAAUUCGGGCGAGCUCACCGCACAGGUCGUCGUCAAUGCUGUAGCAAGUCAUGACCAGGGCGUGCUCGUUACCCAUGUCCGCCAGACGAUUUCGCUCGUUCAGUACGUUGACCCGCGUGGUUCGCCCUACGAGACCAAAACCGUUUCUGCUGCGCCAGACACCGUUGUUGUCGAUUCCAAGUCCGGCAAAACUAUUGCCAUUUUUGGCGGCUCUCAGUCAGACAGCGCCCUUCGUGGGUCUGCCCCAAGCAGAGGCGAACAUACUGUACCGUCUCGCGGCUCAAUCACAUCAACAUGGCCGGCGACCCUAACCCCCACGUCUACGCCCGAGACUGCCACCACCAAAACCGCCUACCCCAGCGCUGCUGACAUUCGAAACUCAACAAACUCCACCAUAUCUGGAAACUCGUUAUUCACUGCCCCUUCCAACAGUUCGUCAUCACAUCAAUUCCUCUCUAGCUCUGUACCGAUAUCGAUCAUCAAUUCUUCAACAACCUCCGUAACGAACAGUAACUCGAAAUCUACCCACUCCACCCUCUUGGCAUCCUCCUCCUCGUCGUCGUCGUCGUCGUCUUCCCCUCCAUACGUCGCACCGGGCAGUGGCUUUGGCACCGUCACAGCUCCCGGUACUCUGCAAACUAGGCCGCCGGAAACCGACCCUGGCAGCGGAGAAAACUUGACGCCUCAGCAGAAGCAGGUCAUCGGUGGUGUGGUUGGCGCCGUGGCUGGCGUAGCAGUUAUUGGUUUACUACUGAUGCUACUCCUCCGUUGGAAGAAAAAGAAGGGAGGCUCUUCCGUGUUGGACGACCAGCCCGGGGCAACAUCAUCACGAGCCCUAGGAGCCGGCUUAUCGGGCAACAGCGGACCAGGACGAGCCAUGACGGAUAAGAGAGCAGCUUCUGGCGCCGUUGCCGCCGCUCUUGCCAGCCUGUCGGGAACCCGGGAACCACAAACCUCACAUUCUGCAGACAGCGGAGAACGGGGAUUCUACCGGGUAUCGGGCAGAAAACUCCCCUCUGUGUUGCGCAACGGGGGAGACGGAUACACCGACCCUAGAGGGAGUGCAACUAGCGGCAGCUCGGACUACCAUCGAGGCUCGCAGGCCUUUGAGCCAAAAUCUUCAGCCGGGGGACAGUUGGCCCUGGGAGCACCCAUGCGACCUGUCAGCGGUGUUCCCAUCAUUCGAUCCGGCCCAGCGAGAUUACCCAUAACCCAGAACCCAUUCGCCGAUCCGCAUGCUCUACCGGACGGUUUACCAUCGGGGACACUCGGUUCCCGCGAAAGCCCAAAAGCCUCGGGAUCAAAAUUUCAAGAGAAAAUCUAG